AGACGUAUCCAGAAAAAGCGUGUAUGUGAGGAAGGAGUCGCUACGUUUCCUGGUUGGACAUGUGCGAAGGAUAAAACAUACAUCCUAAAUGAGACAGUCUGACUUUUUAAUAUGGAGAAAAAACAAGUUUUAAAACGUUUAUAUGUUGGAGGACUUGGCCAUACAGUUUCUGAGGCUGAACUGCAGGAAAGAUUCAGCAAGUUUGGAAAUGUUACAGAUACGGAAAUUGUUAUCAGGAAAGAUGACCAGGGGAACCCUAUGAAAACUUUUGCUUAUAUCAACAUUGGCAUUUCUGAAGCAGAUCUUAAAAGAUGUAUGUCCAUUUUAAAUAAAACAAGGUGGAAAGGUGGAACGCUACAAAUUGAAUUGGCCAAAGAAAGCUUUUUGCACAGAUUGGCACAGGAGAGACAAGAAGCAAGGUUGAAGAAGGAAAAGCCACAUGCGGAUGGCAAGGGAAAUCUGUUGGAAUCACUGAAUAAAGCUGGAGUUGUGAAUUUUCAUAUGAAAGCAGUGCCAGGAACAGAAGUACCGGAUCAUAAGGAUUGGGUCGUUAGUAAAUUUGGCAGAGUUUUACCCAUCCUUCACCUUAAGGGUCGACACAAAAGCAAAAUAAUGAAAUAUGACCCAUCAAAAUAUUGCCACAACCUUAGAAAGCUGGAGCAAGACUUGACUGACACAGUUCCCAUAUCGAAGCUCACUUGGCAGUUGGAAGGUGGAGAUGACAGCAUGAGCAAGAAACGACGAGGAGAGUUCCCUGAAAUUAAAAAAACACCUAAAAAAAUGAGGAUACAGAGUAGUGAAAAUUUAAAUAAAACACCAGGUCGCCACUUGCAAUCAAAAAAAGCAAACUUAACACAAACAAAAUUAGUCCAAAUGUCAAACUCCAAAUCAACUGGUCUGUCUAAAUUACUUCAGACACCUAGUCUUAAUAGUAUUGACGUGAAAGGGAAAGAAUUAUUUCUGGAUAAGAACCUGGCAUCUGGUGUUAAGCCUAACAGGAAUACAAACAGCAUUUCAGACAGUGAUAUUGAUUCUGAAGAAGAAAUCAGGGUUAUGAUAGAGAAAGAAAAGGAAAUAAAGAAAGCUAAAACAAAUGUUGAAUCUGAAAGUGAUCAUUUGGAAGUUGUGGGGGAUAAUUUUGAGCUAAAAUACAACACUCACUGGUCUUUAACUAAUCCAAAUAUUAUGAAGAAAGUGAGUAAGGGAUGUAACAGACAAGGAAAGACUAUUGAAAAUGACACGGAUUAUGAUUCAGCAGAUACAGAUGAAAUUAUUGCUGUGACUAAAACUCCAGAUAAAAACAGUGUGAAAACUAAAAUUCCAAGAGAUUCUGAGCUGGUGAAAAUGCAAAGGAAGGAUACUGUUAGGAAUGAAACUUUCAAAAACAACAAAAGCUUUGAUUCUGCAAAUGAUUCCUUUGUGUUGUCACCAGAUAAGUUAAGAGAAAAAAAUAACAAAAAAGCAGUGCAUAACAAAACAGCAAAAGUCCGGGCUUCUGAACUACAGGACAACAGAGUUGACAGCAAGUCUGGGUCUACUAGUUCUGAUUCAGAGCCUGAAGCAAGUGAAUCUGAAGCUGACUCUGAUUAUGAAGACAUGAUGCAAAACUGUUACCGCCUAGAUCUUACGUUAUAUGAGUUAGAAGCAUUAGCCACUACAAGUAUUGAAUCUUCACAAGGAGAUAUAGAAGGCAAGCGGAGGGAUAGUCAGUGCAAAACUGACGGUAAUAUUAGUAACACCAAGUAUAGUACAAAGACUUAUGAAAUUGACUCUACAACUAAAACAUCUAUUAAUCCUGAAGAUAUAGUUGCUGCCAUUUUAGAGGGAGAGGAGAGUGCUGAUGAUGAGAAGCCAAUGGAAAAUACCUCCAGUUUGAAAUUUCAGCCUUUCAGAGGAAUAGGGUCAUUAUGUGACAAUCAGAAUUUUGAGGAGAUGAGCAAGGAAGGUUCUUGCAGCUGUAAAAGAAAAUAUAACCAGAAUUCCUCAAGUCUUGUUGAUUUGAAAAAGAAAUCUUUAGAAGAGGUUUCAAAACCAAACUGUUCUUGUUAUGGGAAACACUCAGCUCCCAGACAGUCUACUCGUUCCAUAUUAUGUUCACUUGAAGACAGAAGUGUGAAAAAGAAGCAAAAUACUCUCAGCAACCAGCUCAAGAAGGUGUCAAAUUCCCAAUACUCAGAAGGUGGAAGUGAAAAGCCUAUUUGGAAACCACCUUCAUUACAAGAGAAUAACUACUUGAAUUCUCAUGCAGAAGAUCAAACAGCAAACAGAGGAGACAGUGAGGACUGCACCACAACUAGUAUCAUUGGAAGCGAGGAGGAAAGCACUGACACAGAUAGUGUUUUAUCUGUCGCACAGAAACACAUUAAAUGUGAAUUGGAAAGCCCAGAAUCUCUUGCUGAGAAACCAAAGAAGGAUGCAAGCAGUAAAGGUUCAGCCUCUAAAUUUCAGAAAAGUGAGAACCAUAAGAAAAGUGUUCACAAAAGUAAAGAAGAGUUUUGCAUUCCUAUUGCUAUCUCAAGUGAGUCAGAUGAAAAGGAGAAACAACUGCAGGAUAAUCAGAAGAGGCUGGCAGCUCUACAAGAGAGACAGAAAGAGAGAGAAUUACAGAAGAAACUUAUUCAAGGGGCUCUUCUGAACCUGGAAAGCCAGUCAGCAAGCAAACAUAAGCACAUUGUAUUUGAUUCAGAUGGAGAAAGUGAAGCUGAAGUAGAAGAGCAGUCUAAGGAAGAAGCGACUAUAGGAAAUCUGCCUGGAAAAGAAUUUACUAGUAAAAUUUCUGGGAAGUUGUUUGAGAGCAGUGACGAUGAGCAAGAUGCUGCAGGUGAAGAUGACAGAUUCCAAAUCAAACCCCAGUUUGAAGGCAAAGCUGGUGAGAAGCUCAUGCAUUUACAAUCACGCUUUGGCACAGAUGAAAGAUUUCGUAUGGAUGCUCGGUUCCUUGAAAGUGGCAGUGAAGAGGAAGAAGAGGCAAAGAAAGUGAAGACAGAUGAGGAAGGAGAACUUGCUGCUGAGAAAAAGAAAAACCUGGAGAUAUUGGGAAGUCUCUUGCAGAUCAACCUAGAACAUCCUAAAUCAAGCAAACUGGCAACAAAUACCAAAAAAUUCAAAGAUAUUAAUACCUUACGCUAUGACCCCACAAGGCAAGACCAUGCAGUUUUUGAAAGGAAAACAGAUACUACAGAAAAAGAGAGUAAAGCUAAAAGAAAGAAGAAAAGGGAGGAGGCAGAGAAAUUGCCUGAAGUAUCUAAAGAAAUAUACUAUGAUGUUGCUGUGGAUUUAAAAGAGGUAUUUGGAUCAACAAAAUGUGCAGCUGAAAAAAGUGAAAUAAUACCCUGGGACAAACAUGAUGAUGUGGAAGAAUCAGCUCUGGCUGACCAGCAUAUAUUAAGACUUAAUGUUGGGGGCAAUGUAGAAGAAAAAUCUAGUGGCUUCACAUUUUCCUUUUUUGGUGAUGAUAUGAACAAGUCAGCUGUGAAAGAAGAGCCCUACAUAAUUGAAACAAUAAGACCUGCAAGAGUAGCAUGGCAAGAGGAUCCUCGUUUCCAGGACAGCAGCUCAGAGGAAGAUGAUGAGCCAGAAGCCUCUGAAAGUGAAAACUGCAAAGAAAUGUCUCAGUCUUUACCGCAGAUGAAGACGAGUAGAUUUUUCUUCUUUUCCAAAGAUGAUGAAAGAUUAAGAGAUGGUCCUAAGCUAUUCUGCAGAUCAUCAAACCUCAAUGAAGAAAAAGAUAAUUGGGAAAACAGACGUAGAUUGUUACUUGAGGAAUGCCGGAAGAAACAUAAGGAUGCAAGAAGAAAAGUUAAAGCAAAACAAUAA